CAACAUAGGGGAUGUUUCAUUACCAGUAGUCCGAUCUCAUAAAGAUCUAGGGGUGACAGUGGAUCAUGAUCUUAAGAUGACGGCCCAUUGCCAGGAGGUCGCAGCUAAGGGAUUUCGGACCCUCUGGGCUUUAAAACGGACAUUCACUAAGUUAGAUACUACCAUGUUCACCACAGUAUACACAUCCUUAGUGAGAACUAAGCUUGAGAACUGCGUUCAGACUGCAAGCCCCUGUUUAAAAGGUGGCUCGGAUAUCCUAGAAAAAGUACAGAGGGCAGUUAACCGUGCAAUUCCAGAACUCCGGGGUUUACCGUACAAAGAGCGGCCUGAAAAGCUGGACCUCUUUACUCUGUCCUAUCGCAGACUGAGGGGAGAUCUAAUUUUGAUGUACAGAAUACUGAGAAAUGAUUUUGGACCUGACUCAUUCUCUCUUUUUCCUCCCACUAGAUCAGGACAUCUCAGAGGACAUAGCACGCGAGUAGAAAAACCAAGAACGAACAAAAUACCAGUGGCAUACAGGUUUUCAUACCGAGUCAUCAAUACUUGGAACCUGCUGCUGAAGCAGUGGUGUCUGCACCUUCAAUUGACACUUUCAAGAGAAGACUGGACACUCACAGAAGCAUACUAGAAAAUGAAUAACAUAGGCCGUAGGCCUUCUGUCCUUACUACACAAAUAUCAAUCUGAAAUUAUUCAUUUCUAUUACCUGCUUUCGAAUUAGCCGAAGUUUUGCCCGAGAUCAACCAUAAAGUAUGGUAUCGAUGAAUUCUGCUUAAGUAAAUGCAGUUUUUGCUUGAGUGCGAUGUUUCUUUUUACAAAAAAUAAUCGGUGAGCUACUAAGCCC